AUGAUCCCAAAAAUUGUUUGCUGGAAUGUGAGGGGGCUCAAUGAAGCUGGUAAAAGGUUAGGUGUUGGAAAUCUCUUAAGGGAUUGGAAGGCUGACAUUGUUUGCUUACAGGAGACAAAGUUGGAGACCGUUUCGAGGGCUGUUGUUAGUAGCUUAUGGGGGGGACAACAUAUUGGGUAUCAAUUUGUGGGAUCAGUGGGGGCUUUAGGAAGGGUGCUUAUUAUGUGGGAUACUAGAGUCUUUCAGUUGGAGGAGAUUAGUGAAGGGCUUUUUUCCCUAUCCCUUUCAUUUACAAAUAUUGGGGAUCGAUUUCGUUGGAUGUUCAUAGGAGUUUAUGGGCCUAAUGUUGAUGAAAGUAGAGGCGGAUUGUGGGAUGAAUUGGCAGGUAUGAUGGCUUGGUGGAACCUCCCAACGUGCAUAGGGGGCAACUUUAAUGUGGACCGCUUUCCUACUGAAAGGUCUAGCAGCGGGAGACUAACAGGGACUAUGGAGGACUUUGAAGAUUUUAUCAGGGAGAAUAUGUUGGUGGAUAUGCCUUUGAUGGGGGGAGAUUUUACUUGGUCAUCUAAUCGAGAGCUACCUGUUCAUUCUAGAAUAGAUCGGUUCUUGAUUAGUGUGGAGUGGGAGGCUAAGUACCCGGAUGUUGCUCAGAGGAGACUAGGGAGGGUAUACUCAGAUCAUUUCCCAAUUUCAUUAUCUGGGGAUGUGGGAUAUAGCGGGAGAAGGCCUUUUAGGUUUGAAAAAAUGUGGCUUAAAGUGGAUGGUUUUGGGGAGCGAGUACGGACUUGGUGGGCCUCUUACAAGUUCAGGGGGUCCCCCAGUUAUGUGUUGGACCAAAAAUUAAAGGCUUUAAAAGGAGACCUCAAAAGGUGGAAUGAGAAGGAGGUGGGGGAUGUUAACUGGCGUAAAAAUCAAUGCACCUUAGAAAUAGAGAAAUUGGAUAGGAAGGAGGAAUGUCGAGGAUUGGGAGGGGACGAGAGGGAGCGACAUCAAGAAUUAAGGGGUGACCUAGAGAGGUUGGUGGAGAUGGAGGAGAUUUCUUGGCGCCAGAAAUCUAGGGUUAAGUGGUUGAGAGAGGGAGAUAAGUGUACACAGUUUUUCCAUAGGGUGGCCAAUUCCAACAGGCGCAAUAAUUGUAUCUCUAUGCUGGAGGUGGAUGAGGUAACUUUUGAGGACCUACAGGAUAUUGGUACCCAAAUGGUGAGUUUCUACCAAAACCUUUAUAAGGAGCAGUUUGAUCGGAAGCCAGAGCUUGAGGGGCUAGAGUUUUCCACUAUUUCUGAGGAGGAUGUCAGUUGGUUAGAAAGACUAUUUGGGGAGGACGAGAUUAGGGAGGUGGUGUUCAGUAUGAAUGAUGACAGGGCCCCAGGACCGGACGGAUUCUCCUUCGCAUUCUACAAGGCUUGUUGGGAGGUGAUACGUUCGGACAUUGUGGAUGUUUUUGCUUACUUUUUCCAGUGUGUCGAAGCUCUAAUACCACAUUUAUUAUUAAAGGAGGUGCUGGAAAAAGUGGUGUCUAAAUAUCAGAAUGCUUUUGUCAAAGGACGACAGAUCUUGGACUCCGUUCUCAUAGAAAAUGAAUGUAUUGAUUCAAGACUACGUCAAGGGGUUCCAGGGAUGCUAUGUAAACUUGAUAUUCAAAAGGCCUAUGGUCACGUGAACUGGGGUUUCCUGUUGUAUAUGCUCAAACGAUGUGGUUUCGGAGCCAAGUAG